AUGAGCGUUAAAGCUUUCAAGCUCGUUUCUGCUGUCGAGCGGGAGAUGUUAAUGGGAGACAAAAACUACAUCAACAUCGAGUGCAUUGAGUGUUGUGGAAAGAACCUCUAUAUUGGAACCAAUGACUGCUUUAUCUAUCACUUUCUGUUGGAUGAAAAGGUAUCCACAGCUGGAAAAAUAACUUUCGCUGCCACCAAGCAACUGCAUAAAUACCUGGGUUUGAAGAAACCUGUGAGCGAGUUGAAAGCAGCCUCUGCCCUCACCAGACUUCUUGUGCUUUGUGACAACACGAUAACACUAGUGAACAUGAUCAACUUGGAGCCUGUCCCCACGGGGGCCAGGAUCAAAGGAGCUGUGACAUUCACUCUGAACGAGAACCCUGUGAGUGGGGAUCCUUUCUGCGUCGAGGUUUGCAUUAUCUCCGUCAAGCGUCGCACCAUUCAGAUGUUCAUGGUGUUUGAAGACAGAGUCCAGAUAGUGAAGGAGGUGUUUACUCCAGAGCAACCCUGUGCUGUGGCUGUAGAUGGUUACUACUUGUGUCUUGCACUUACUACACAGUACAUCAUUUUGAAUUACAACACCGGCGUCUCCCAGGAUCUGUUUCCUUAUUGCAGUGAGGAGAAACGGCCAAUUGUGAAAAGGAUAGGCAGACAAGAGUUUCUCUUGGCUGGCCCCGGAGGCCUAGGCAUGUUUGCAACUGUGGAUGGGAUUUCCCAGCGUGCCCCAGUGCACUGGUCAGAGAACGUGAUUGGGGCAGCUUUGUGCUUCCCUUACGUGGUUGCUCUCGAUGAAGAGUUCAUCACAGUGCACAGCAUGCUGGACCAGCAGCAAAAGCAAACCCUGCCUUUUAAAGAAGGUCACAUUCUCCAGGACUUUGAAGGAAAGGUGAUUGUUGCUACUAACAAGGGUGUAUAUAUCUUGGUGCCACUACCUUUGGAAAAACAGAUUCAGGAUCUUCUAGCUAGCCACAGAGUGGAAGAAGCUCUUGUUCUAGCAAAAGGAGCUCGAAGAAAUAUUCCAAAAGAGAAAUUUCAG